UGAACCAUUUGAUGAAUGAACACAACACAGGCAGGUGCUGAUCAGAUUGUCGUAUAUGCGGUGCACAUAUGGUUUUGUGGGCCCAAUAAAUUGGACGUCCGAGAUUUAUGUUUAUCUUCCUCGGUGCAUUUGUCGGUUAGGAAUAUAUGCGUCCCUAUCCAUCAGCGAAAGCCUUUUGGCGUCUGGGUGAGAAGAAAAACAAGAAAAAAAAAAAGAAAACCAAAGAGCAGAGAAAAAAGAUUUACAUAUUUUUAGUGAACAACAGUGAGAGCCUGUCUAAAAUCUAAAUGGGGUUUGCCGUUUAAUCGAGAACAUAACAAAGAGAAACUUUCUUUUGUUAGCUGCAGCUUCAGAAGUAGUUUUGGAAACUUCUUCAUUCUUUCACAUUUCUCUUCAUUUUCUUUACAAAUCUUUCAAGUGGAUAUCUGCUAAUCCUUAAAGUCGAACGGGUUCGAGUCAAAAUCGACGGACAUGAAGGUUUUAGUUCUGUAGCAAGCAGUUCUUGCCUUGGCUACAAGAAUGACUAUUCCUCUUGGGUCUUCUUUGUCUUGGGUUUCUCCAUCUCUUUCUCCUCCUUAUUCCAAAGGAUAUUUGAAGCUAAAUCUAUUGCGAGGAUGCUUUGAUGGCGGCGAGCGAUGUGAUUUGCAGCAGCUGAGUAGUUUUAAGGCCAAACCAAGCCAACUCAUGUGUUUAUCAUGGAAGAAAAACGAUGUAUCAUGGAAGGGAAAUGAAAACUUCUCACGGAGGCAAUUAAUUCUAUUUGCUACUUCAGAAGGUCAGUCGUCAGAUGUUGAAUUCAAGUCAUAUGCUUCUCAGCAAGAAAACCAGCAUCAAUCUGAAGUGAACUUUGGUGAAGGCACUUCCUAUCUCCACUUUGAGGGAACCAGGGGAAAACCUGGUCUUAUCUCGUUUUAUGGUUACAGAAAACAGGAGGAAAUACUUGUAUCAAGACUGAGAAAUGAUAAACAGAACCUUCUGGUGUUUGUUGGUCCAGUUGUUCUUGUAGCUUCUUUCAUUCUACCAUCACUUUAUUUGCGCAGGAUACUUUCUGCUAUAUUUGAGGACUCCCUAUUAACAGAUUUCCUCAUAUUGUUCUUCACAGAAGUUCUCUUCUACUGUGGGGUUGCUUUCUUCCUUCUACUAAUAGACCGUAUGCACAGACCUGCUAAGAUAGUUUCUCCCAAGAGUAGUCAAUGGCAGAAGACCCAUCUGGGGCAGCGGAUCUCUUCUGUUGCUGCCUUAGUACUUAGCUUGAUAAUUCCUAUGGUGACAAUGGGCUUUGUCUGGCCAUGGACAGGGCCUGCAGCUUCAGCUACUCUUGCACCAUAUUUGGUUGGGAUUGUCGUGCAGUUUGCAUUUGAGCAGUAUGCCAGAUAUUUGAAAUCACCUUCACGGCCUGUCAUUCCUGUUAUCUUUCAGGUUUAUAGAUUACACCAGUUAAAUAGAGCAGCACAGUUGGUGACAGCUCUGUCCUUCACUGUCAGAGGAGCUGAAACAACUUCACAUAACUUGGCUAUAAGCAACUCUUUGGGAACAUUGAUGAAUGUUCUUCAAUUCCUCGGUGUUAUCUGCAUCUGGUCACUCUCAAGCUUCAUUAUGAGGUUCCUCCCUUCAGCUGCCAUACCUGAGUGAUAAGUAUCUCUCAAAAAUGUUUGUAGCAACAUCCUUGUAUUCUACAGAGAAGAUCUGUGUUUAUUUUCGUUUUACUUGAGGUGCUUUAGAAUGGGAAUUAGACUGUUGGACCCAGCUGCUGAUAAAGAUGGCAUUGCUAGAGAGAGAGAGACCAAGGACAGAGAACAGAGCUAACUGCCUGCUGUAGUUUCUUAGUUCAAGUAGGAAUGAGAGUUGUGAUCUUGUGGUUGCAGGGAAGAACAUCAACCAAUUUAGUGAAGAGCAAUUUCAUUUUCUGGUGCAUUGCUGCAUUAGAUCACCGAAGUUGAGAAUAAUUGAGUCCAAGAAUGCUCCAACAUCCUAAGAUGGAUGCAUAACCUGCAUGAAGAAGAUGAAUUGCUUUAAUUGGGCAAAUUUGUUUCUAUUGCAUAUUUUCUUAUGUAACUCAAAACUGGGGGUGAAUCUGGUGAUUACCAUCUUACGGUUGAGGUGUACUUGUUAUGCCUCUUUAGUAAUCGUCAAAGCAAAUGGACAAAUUACUUGGGAUUUUUUUGAUCAAGAUUAUUGAGAAUUCAUUUGAAUCAGUUGAUUCUGUACAUUGCAUA